AUGAGUCAGCCCAUGAAGAAAAUGUUUGAAAACAGCCAAGUACCAGGCUGUGGCCUGCUCCAGCUCGGCUCCGGGCAGGCAAGUGCACAGAGCAGGGGAGACCGUUCCCCUGCCGCCAUCAUCAGAAGUCACGGACAUCCCCCACCCUCGACGAGCAGCCGUACCCGCAGCUUCCCUCCGUGCUCCCAAGUCCACUUCACGAGCAGGACAGGGUGCUGCAGGGACACACGGAGGCUGGGCUCACGCCUGGCUCCUCCUUCACCGACGCGGGGUCCUGGGAAGUCACUGUCCGACUCUGUGCCUCUGCGAUCCCUCCUGCAAAGUGGGCACUCAAGUCCUAACGCUCUCCUGAUUGAACUCGAUCAAGUCUGCGACCCCAUGUUCACAGUGGAGACACGGCUUCUCAUCCACGUGGCGUCAGCACCUGCUGAGUGUUCUCAGAACCAGGACCCAGGCCCUCACCGGACCAGUCAGGGUCUCACCAGCACCUGCAAGGCACCCGUGGCCUUCACCCUAGCCUUAGAAAUGAUAGGUGUCCCCAGUGAGAAGGCUGUGUGUGCAGACAGCAGCCACUCCAGAUCUCGCUCCGCCCGGGAGGAGGCGGAGGCCCAGGGCUUGCAGGAACACGCAGGUUUGGACCCGCUGAGGCGCAGCCAGCCCCGCCGGCACGUGGCUGCCCCGCAGGCUGCUCCCAGCGUGCGCUCUGCUCAGCAAGCCUGA